AUGUUUUGCCUUUUGCUGUUGUGCGUAAUCGUCGCCUUUGCGUCCGUGCCGGUGGACGCGCAGAUCUCCGGCCGGUUUGUUGUCGGAUGUCCCGCGCGCUGCGACAAGACUAUGUGUCCUCGGAUCCCAGCGGACUGCCCGGCGGGUCAAGCCCUCGACGCGUGCCGCUGCUGCCCGGUGUGCGCGUCCGGCGAGGGGGAAGCGUGCGGCGGCAGCGGGAAGCUCGGGGACCCGGUGUGCGCGGAGGGGCUGGAGUGCUCGGUGACCGGGGGGCUGGCCUACACCGUCACGGUCAGGAGGAGAAGUAAGAGUGGGAUCUGCGUGUGUAAAGCCACCGAGCCGGUGUGUGGAAGCGACGGAGUGUCCUACCGGAACAUCUGCGAGCUGAAGCGGGUCAGCCACCGGGCGCAAAGGCUGCAGCAGCCGCCUGUGGUCCUCAUCCAGCGGGGAGCCUGUGGGAAAGUGUUUCCAGUGCAGGACAACCCAGACAGCCUGAGACACAAAUUCAACUUCAUCGCCGACGUGGUGGAGAGAAUCGCUCCAUCUGUGGUUCACAUUGAACUUUACCGCAAGAUGACCUAUUCCAAGCGUGAGGUUGCGGUGGCCACUGGUUCUGGCUUUGUGGUGUCAGAAGAUGGUCAGAUUGUGACCAAUGCCCAUGUGGUGGCCAACAAACACCGCGUGAAGGUGGAGCUUAAGAACGGCGCCACCUAUGAUGCAAAAAUCAAAGAUGUGGAUGAGAAGUCAGACAUCGCACUCCUCAAGAUAGAUGCACCGACCAAGCUUCCAGUGCUGUUGCUGGGUCGUUCGGCAGAUCUGAGACCAGGAGAGUUUGUGGUCGCUAUAGGCAGUCCAUUUUCCCUCCAGAACACAGUUACCACAGGAAUCGUUAGCACCACGCAGCGAGGAGGCAAGGAGCUGGGCCUGCGCAACUCUGACAUGGACUACAUUCAAACUGAUGCCAUCAUUAAUUACGGCAACUCUGGAGGGCCUCUGGUAAAUCUGGAUGGCGAGGUGAUUGGGAUCAAUACGUUGAAAGUGACAGCUGGCAUUUCCUUCGCCAUACCGUCAGACAAGAUUCGUCAGUUCCUGGCAGAGUCAUAUGAUCGUCAGUCAAGAGGGAGUACAGCCUCAAAGAAGAAAUACAUCGGUGUGAGGAUGAUGACGCUCACGCCGGCGCUGGCCAAAGAGCUGAAGAUUCAACACCGUGACUUCCCGGACGUCACUUCGGGAGCGUAUGUGAUGGAAGUCAUUGCAAAGACGCCGGCUGCAGCCGGCGGACUCAAAGAGCACGACGUCAUCAUCUCCAUCAAUGGCUUCAGGAUCUCAUCAGCAAAUGACGUCAGCACUGCCAUCAAGCGGGACAACACUCUGAAAGUAGUGGUGCGCCGUGGGAAUGAAGACGCCAUCCUCACAGUUUUUCCCAUAGAGAUCAACCCUUGA